GCAAGCUGCUUGUAGAGUGACGCCUCUCUCUCUCUCUCUCUCUCUCUCUCAAAGAAGCAAUGUUAAGAGGUUCUCAUCUCCCACCGAUAGCAACUCCAGCUCUCUGUGCUCUGAGACUAUCUUGGAUUCCCUGUCUCAGCCUCUCUUCGCCUCUAAAACUUCGCAAACUCUCCACAUUUGCGGCACCAUUUCAAACGCUUAUCCCUCAAACCUUCGCACCCAGUUGGCCUCAUCGAUCCUUUUUGAGCUUGAAGCGGGUCGUUCCUCUGAUGGGUCUUCCAUGCCCCAAGGCAACAGCUUCCUCUAGUGCUGGGAGUGACUCCGGAGAUGGCCGGGAAAUACUGGUGCAGCACUUGCUUGUUAAAGAAGAUGACCUUAAGCUUUUGGUGGAUGUUCAGCAGAGAAUUUCAGGAGGUGAAGACCUUAGUGAUCUUGCUGCUGAGCACUCAAUUUGUCCAUCCAAAGGAGAGGGAGGAAUGCUUGGGUGGGUGAGAAAGGGGCAAAUGGUGCCUGAGUUUGAGGAGGCUGCAUUUAAUGCACCUUUAAAUAAAGUUGUAAGAUGUAAAACACAAUUUGGAUGGCACCUGUUGCAAGUUAUCUCUGAGAGGGAAGAAUCCCUGCUUCAAGAUAUACAACCUGACGAGCUUCAUGCAAAGAUGCAAGAUCCCAAUUUCUCAGAAGAGGCACAAUUGGUUGAUGUUCGAGAACCUGAAGAAGUGGCCCAAGCUUCUGUGCCAGGUUUUCAAGUUCUUCCUCUCCGACAAUUUGGAAGCUGGGGACCUGAGAUAACUACCAAGUUGGAUCCUCAAAAGGAUACAUAUGUUAUGUGUCACCAUGGCCUGCGUUCGUUACAGAUUGCCAAGUGGUUGCAGACGCAGGGUUUUAGAAGAGUAUUUAAUGUUUCUGGGGGAAUCCAUGCAUAUGCCCUCAAGGUUGAUCAGUCCAUUCCUACUUAUUGAGAAGAUAUAUUUGUCUUUCACCUUCAUUGAUCCUCUUCCUCUCUCUCCCUCUCUCUCUCUCUCUCUCUCUCACACUGAGUCUUCUAAGUAGGUGUUACAAAGGCUUGGAAAAGCAGAUUUUUUUUUUCUUUUUCUUUUAACCUUGACAGAAAUUGAGUAAUAGCCUGUAAGAAUGUUUUGUGGAAAGGGAAUGAUUCCUUUUGUUUCCGA